CACCCUCUCCAUCCGCCCCUCCUCUUCCUCCUCCCGGUCGCGGCUUCCCCCGAUUGGCAUCCGGGGCGGGCCCAUCCCCCACCCGGCCGCCGCGCGCGUCCAUGGACGGCCUGCACGGUACGGACGCCUGCUUCUCCCCCGCGAGGGCCGUCUCGCCGCAGUCAGUACCUGGCGGAGCUACUGCAGGAGCACCAGAAGCUGGGACCCUUCAUGCAGGUGCUCCCAAUCUGCAGCAGGCUGCUGAAUCAAGAAAUAAUGCGGGUGUUGAAUAUACGGCGCCAGCAUGGUGCUGCUGUGGACUUUGAGAAGUUUGCAGCCGCAAGCCCCAACCAGAUACAUCCGUCACCCCCCAUGCCGAACUUUUGUGGAAACGGUUUUAGUCCAUGGAAUGGGAUGCAUUCAGAGAGAGUAGGUGUUCCGCAAGGAGCUAUGGGUUGGCAAGGACCCCCACAGAGCCCUGCUUCUUAUAUCGUCAAGAAGAUUUUGCGGUUGGAAGUACCGACAGAAACAUACCCUAAUUUCAAUUUUAUCGGUCGUCUUCUUGGACCAAGGGGAAAUUCUUUAAAGAGGAUUGAAGCCUGUACAGGCUGUCGUGUAUUCAUCAGAGGGAAAGGCUCAAUUAAAGAUUCUGGCAAGGAGGAACAACUCAAGGGAAGACCUGGCUAUGAACACUUGAGUGAACCCCUCCAUAUCUUGAUUGAAGCUGAGUUACCUGCUAAUGUGAUUGAUGCAAGACUUGCAAAGGCACAAGAGAUCCUUGAAGAGUUGUUGAAACCAGUGGACGAGUCACAAGACUACUACAAGAGACAGCAACUCCGAGAACUUGCCAUGUUGAAUUCGCCACUCCGAGAGGAGAGUCCACGUUCAGGCGGUGCUCCUCCAAGUCCCUUCAGUAAGACUGUCUCCGGUAGGCCGAAUAAAACAGGGGACACAGAAUUGUAGAUGACACUGUUUACCACUGUUUGAAGAGAGAAGUUUGAAAUAGGAUCUACUGGAGAUAGCCUAACGGCGGCAUGAAAAGAGUGAAACAAUGACACCCAUUCCUCCAUCUUGAUCCUCCGGCAACCCCACUUAGUCCAUGCCUUCACAUCCUAUUUUCCAUGAGCAAAGCUUUCAUGAUGGUGUUGGUAGUGUGUGACAUCCUUUAAUGUACUAGCAGGUGAAUUUUGAUCUCCCAUCCCAUGUGACAUUAACCUUGAGUGACAGAUGACUAUGCGUAGUGUAUCCUCUAUGACUGUAUAAUUAGAACAUUUGAUUUAUUUGUUACUGGUAAUGCUGAGAGAUAGUACUGUGCAGAAUUCGGAGUUACAGUGUAGUGUGCCAAUAUUUAUCUCAAACCUGUUUGAUUUUCAGUUCAACAUAUUUGCACUGAGGACAAGGGUUGUUGGCACGACGAUCAUCGUGGGAGGAAGGGAGCUUUGCCAUAGGAGCGACUACCGUGGCCAUGACCAUGGGAGGAAGGACCAUGACGACCCAUGUAGUUGGUAGAGACAUUGUAUUGUAAAUACAAUUUGGCCACGUGUUGGAGUUGGUAAGCCUCAAGCACAACUAGGUUUGCGAAUAUGUAGUCGAGGGGAGUGGCUCGGUCUUAGUCGUCGUGGAGGUGAUGAAUGGGUCAUAGUCAAUCGAGAGCCUUGCUAGGAGAUAGGCGAGAACCUCGUCAUCACGGAGAGGGCAUUGGUGUCGACAAGCUCCGUAACCUUGCGAAAGAUGUCGAUGAGUCCCAUGACCUUGCGAAAUAUGACAGACAUAUCAUGUUUCUUUGA